GGCGAUGAGCAGAGUACAGAGGACAUUCCUACAGAUAACCGCCCAGAUUACUAUAUCAGGAACUCAGAGGGACAUCUGAUCUCUUCAGAUUUUAAGGUAGAUGAUGGAGGUAUACAAAAUAUGUAUGAAGAACAUGCCAGUAUACAAGAAAUAUCAACAUACAUUCACAGAAAAAACGUAUUAUUUGAUCCUUUUAAACUGGUCCAAUCUUCUGAUUCAUCACGGAAUGGAGCACAAAAUGAAAGUCACCAAAGCGGUGUUGAAUGUCAAAAAGCUCACAUAAGUGAGAAGCCAUUUUCAUGUUUACAAUGUGGUAAAUGUUUCAUUGUAAAACAAAAUCUGGUUACACAUCAAAGAACUCACACAGGGGAGAAGCCAUUUUCAUGUUCAGAAUGUGGGAAGUGUUUUUCUAAAAAACACAAUCUAGUUAGACAUCAAAGAACUCAUAGUGGAGAGAAGCAAUUUUCAUGUUUAGAUUGUGGGAAAUGUUUUAUUGAUAAAUUGGAUCUUGGUAAACAUCAAAUAAUUCACACAGGGGAGAAGUCAUGUUCAGAAUGUAGGAAAAAAAUUUCUGAAAAAAAAGAUCUUAUUAGACAUAUAAGAAUUCACACAGGAGAGAAGCCAUAUUCAUGUUCAGAAUGUGGGAAAUGUUUUAUUGAUAAAACGGCUCUUGGUAAACAUCAAAGAAUUCACACAGGGGAGAAGUCAUGUUCAUGUUUAGAAUGUGGGAAAUGUUUUUCUGAAAAAAAAGAUCUUAUUAGACAUAUAAAAAUUCAUACAGGAAAGAAGCCAUUUUCAUGUUUAGAUUGUGGGAAAUGUUUUAUUGAUAAAUCGGAUCUUGGUAAACAUCAAAGAAUUCACACAGGGGAGAAGCCAUAUGCAUGUUUAGAAUGUGGAAAAUGUUUUGUAAGCAGUUCUAAUCUUUAUGGACAUCAGUACACUCACAAAAGGGAGAAGCCGUUUUCAUGUUCAGAAUGUGGGAAAUGUUUUAACCAUAAAUCAGCUCUCGUUAAACAUAAAAGAAUUCACACAGGGGAGAAGCCAUUUUUAUGUUCAGAAUGUGGGAAAUGUUUUGCUCUAAAAAAAUAUUUGGUUACGCAUCAAAAAACUCACACAGUGAUAAAGCCAUUCUCAUGUUUAGAAUGUGGAAAAUGUUUCAACCAUAAGUCAGACCUUGUUAAACAUCAAAGAACUCACACAGGGGAGAAGCCAUUUUUAUGUUUAGAAUGUGGAAAACGUUUUUAUGUAAAAAAAAAUCUGGUUACUCAUCAAAGAACUCACACAGGGGAGAAGCCAUAUUCAUGUUCAGAAUGUGGGAAAUGUUUUAACCAGAAAUCGCAUCUUGUUACACAUCAAAAAAUUCACAAAAGAGAGAAGCCAUCUUCAUGUUUAGCUAGUUACUGACUGCCAUAUGUAUUUUACAGUGGUCACUAACUAGCUUUAUUAUCAUAGAUACGCUUUUUUAUGGUGCUGCAUCGAAAUAAAACAGCACCUUAUCGGUGGGGUUGCUGUGAGAGGUCCCUGAACACAAAUGAUCUCCUGUAUUGAAUGAAUACAGUGAUCAAUUGUAAAAGACAGUUAAAAGCAAAUCACCUUUUACUGAAAAUGUUCAUCAAGUGGGGAAAAAAAAAAGAACCUCAAUCCUCUGAUUGGUAUGGGGACUUCACUUAAUUCCUGUAAAAACCACACAUACAGGGGCUUAUGGGACAGUCAAAAAAUAGAGCUGGAUUCCCACAACAACUAGUGUGCAGGCAGGUGGAAAAAGGGGCUACAUUCGCACUUGCACUUGACCAGUUAUUUGUAGUCAAGUGGAGAAAGGGACUACCACUGAUAAGAGUAAGCCUAUCUGCAUGACACAUAAUACAUUUUUCGGGGGCGUAUCUCUCCGACUAGGUCCUUCAAUUAUAUCCGAUAAAGCAUAAAACAAGACCCGGAUAUAAAAAGGUAGCGACCCACCCAUUACAGACUGCUACAUAUUAUGGAUUUGUCCAUUAUAAAGUAACAAUCGCCUUCCUCUGGUUCCAGAAGGUGAUUGAGCACCCUCCUGUUUGAUACCACUGCACCUCAGCAAUUACACGAGUCUUAAGAGGCGUGAAGGCUCCCAGAGUGUUAUUUUCCUCCCCCACGUCCCCGCCACUACCUCCAGAACAUAUUUUGAAACAUGGAAGGUGGAGGAAUCCCCGAUUUAUUGUGCCAUGUGUCCAUCACAACCAGGCCUCUGUUAUUACCUUUGAAACAUAACACACUAAUUAUUAAUUUUAUGUAACAUUUAGGGAAUGCCAAAAGGGUUGUGGGGUGAGGAAAUCAAUUUACUCAUAAUUUCUGUCUAGUUUUUAUUCUCUGUUACUGGGUUGUCUGCUGCUAGGAUAACUAUAAUUAUUACAAAAAGGGUUGGCCGUGGGGAUUUGGGAGCCAAGUUACUCAUAUUUUCUGUUUAGUUGUUACUGUUUGUUAGUGGGUUCUCCAUUACUGGACUGUCCAAAAUUAUUAAUUUUAUUGAAGUUUUAGGUAACACCAAAAAGCGUGGGUCUUUUUAGGAAGUCAAUAUAUUCACAUUGUGAUUUAAUUUUUUUUUUCAAUAUAAUUCUUAGACAAUUAGUUUUAGGGUUAGGGUUACA